CUUCUUUAGAUUCCACAGAACGUCAGGCUUCGGCUAGUGGUUUUAUCUCACAUCUACACGAUAAAUACGAGGAACAUUUGAAAUCAAAAGUGAUUCCACCUUUAAUUAGUAAUGAAGAUUUCGCAGGGGUUACUGAAUAUUUGGAAAGAUGUUGCGGGGCAGAUGUGGCUUACGCUUUAAUCCGACUGACAAGAGGUCUGGCAAGUUCACGGGCAGGUGCUAGGCAUGGUUUUUCUUUGGCUUUGAUCGAGCUUUUGGCUGGUUUAAAGGGUGUCACGUACAAAAUUGUCGCAACACUCAUCAAUGAGGCGUGUCCAAUCAAGUCUUCAAAGGAUCGUGAAAACUCUGAUUACAUUUUCGGGCGCGUCUUCGGCUUCAUGGCCAUUAUUCAAUCUGGCAUUCUUUGGCGAAAGGGUUCUACUAAAGAGGACUACAUUGAGAUCAUUGACAAUUUGAUUACAUGUUCUAAAUGCAAGUCAUACGUUCGGGAAGCUUGUUAUCAUAUUAUUAUUUCGAGUAUUCCUCAUUUGAAAGGCGUAUCUUUCGAAGAAUCGGCGAUAUCUCACCUGAUAACAGUUCUAAAGGGAAGUAGCGAGCAUGGAAUUCAUAAUCCCGAUGAUGUAAAUUUAGCAUUAUCCAUUGAAUCUCAGUAUCCGCCAAAUAUUCGCAUUUACCAGGAAAUAGUGCAAGCCGAUGAUUGGAAGAAUGCUAUAUUGCACAGAUGUGAUUCAUGCGUUAUCAGGUGGCAAAGUCCGAAAAUAAUGAGUAGCGAUAAUAUAGCAAAGCUGGCCGUGGCCAUUCAGGCCAGUUCAAGUACACUUGCGGCUGAAAUACACCAAAAUCAGGAGAAUCGAUUGCACUCCGUGUGGAAUACGAUAGUUCAGUCGUAUAACCAUGAAGAUCGGAAGAAGAUGAGAGACCGUUCGAUAGAAUUUGAAGAAUUCUGGAAGCUCAUUGUAGACGAUCAAAUUUUCGGUGUCGGGAGAACACGCCGGAGAAUUUACUGGGGGUUUCAAUUAUUUGUAAAAGUGCUAACCACUUUACCGACAGAAAAAAUAUCCGCCUUAUUUACCAAAAAUUUCAUGCAUACUCUAAUAAGCAACUUACACCACGAAAAUCGUCGUUUGCAUCGAGCCUCGCUCUACGUGUUGAACGCGAUUAUUAAUGUAUCUAAGAUAGAUAAAAGUAAGGCAAUGGUAGUGAUCAAGACUUUAUUGGGUCCAAAUUGCGAUCAGGAUUUUGAUGUAAUCAGCAACACAAAAACCAUCAAGAAAAUUUUUCGAAACAUGGAUUUUGAUGAAUUGGAAAACGUUCUGUCAUAUCUCAAAAAAAAUUUCUUGGAACCGAAUCAAAGUGAUGUCGAUACAAUGGAGGAUCGUCGACAGUGGAUAAUAAAUUACAUGUACUUGAUAUUAAAAGACACACAGAUGGGACGCGAUGAAAGCUGGAUGAAAUUUAUUUUGGAUAUGUUUCUUUUGUAUGGGUUUUUCACUUCGAAAAAGUCCGCAGAUGUAAAAAAGAAGAAUGCAAAGCUCGUUCCUGGCAAAAAUUCUACACAAAUCAUAUUUGAAGAACCUAAACCACCACUUUCUGAAAAAACUCAGGAAUGUUGUAGGACACGUCUCUUUCAUGCUCUCGGCGAACUGAUUACCAUCCGUCAGCCUAAAAAUAAUCAGAACGUUGCUGCUGGGCUAAAUAGUAUCAUGAGUAAUGGUGGAACAUGGGCAUACUAUGCCGCGUGUCAAUUUACAAUGCUCGAAGGUGAUCACCAGAUUGAUCCAUUAAUCGAUUUGAAUGAAGAAAUCCAAGAAACGAAGAAAAUUGCUUUCAAGACUAUGCAACGUAUCAACAACAAAUUGAAAAUUAAAAGUCUAGAUAAUGCUUUGCAAUAUGAAGGGUUUUUAUUACUCUUUUCCUUUUCCACAAUUAUGCUGUAUAGUGAGCCGAAGGAGGCAAUGAACGCUUUACAGGAUUUGCAACCGUGUUAUGAUAAAAUGUUUGGAACCUCCAAAAAAUCAAAAUCAACUGAUGACACCGAUGACACACAUAACCCGGUGGAUGUCAUUGUCGAUAUAUUGCUUGGAUUUCUUGCCGUACCUUCUUAUUUUUUGCAUGCCGCG